UCACAACUAAAAUGAACCCCGAUGCUCCGAGUGUCGAGGAGAAGCUCACCGUCGAUGAGUGCUACGUUAUUUCCAAGGAAGAUUGGUUUGAGCCAAUUUUCUGUAAGCCGAAGCUUAUCCCGUUGAAGACUGUGAAAAUGCGAGAGAUCGAGAAACGACGCAAUGAAAACAUGGAGAGGGUCAAGGCGAUAGAGACAGCUUCAACGUCAGAACAAAAGAACCCAGAGGUGGUACCCAAGGAGCCAAAACCAGAAAAGCCUCGGAACCCGGAAGAGCUCAAGAAACAGAAUGAGUUGAACAAGAUCGAUUUGUGGAUCGCCGACGAAGAUCCGGCACGUCGCAAGUGACUAUUGUCUACUUGUAAACAAUAAUCCUAACAAUCCUAUUUUUAACUCCAAACUUUUCGCGAUUUCAAUUUUCAAAAAACAUUCCAGACAACCUCUAAACCUACAUGAUCAUCCUAGUACUUCUUGGCCCAAGCGCUAUGUCCAAAAAGUCAGGUCUACCCUAUGUACUGCCGUGUAGUCAAACAAGCUUCACCAUCAUGCCAUUCACCUUCUUCCCAUCAUUUCUCCUGCCCUCUUAUCUCUAAAAAUUGUGAUUUCUGAUUAUUUCAAUAA